AUGGGAGAGGGGGGCGGUUUCACUUCCCGGGUGGGCCCUGCAGACAUCAUGUGCCUUGGAGUUUAUAACAGGGUUUUAAUUAUGAACGGCGUGCCCGCUUGUGAGAGGGAGAAGACGGGGAGAAUGCAGCCGCUGGCACAAGAGCGAAUACCAUGGGGAUACCAGGUGAUUUUGACCCCCGAUUGCAGCCCCUCUCUGGGCUCUGAGUGCCGUGGACAGCUGGGGGAGCCGCCCUGUGUGGUGCGAGGCUUUGGAGGAGCAGACAGCGGACCGUGA